AUAAUUGCGUUUAGGUUAUGUAUUCAUAAUAUAAAAUUAUCAAAUGACAGCUUGUCAAACAGCAAUAUAAAAAUAAAAAGAUAUACAUUUUCAUAUGAUUUAAUGAAAAUUAUUAAUGGCUGCAAUUGAUAAAGUUAAGAUUAUUGUCCUUGGCGAUUCUGGUGUGGGAAAAACAUCAUUAACACAUUUAAUAUGUCAACAACAACCUAUUAGUAAUCCUUCAUGGACUAUAGGUUGUUCAGUAGAAGUUAAAUUACAUGAAUAUAAAGAAGGAACUCCUAAUCAACGAAGAUAUUUUAUUGAAUUAUGGGAUAUUGGAGGAAGUCAAAAUCAUAAAAAUACAAGAUCUGUAUUUUAUAAUCCUACAAAUGGUAUUAUAUUGGUUCAUGAUUUAACAAACAGAAAAUCACAGCAAAAUCUUCAAAAAUGGCUUGAAGAAGUUUUGAGUAAAGAUAGCAAUUAUAUGAAAUCAAAAUCAUUUGAUGAUUUUGAUCCUGAAAAAUUUGUAGGAUCUACACAAAUACCAAUUUUAGUUAUUGGUACGAAAUUAGAUCUAAUUGCUGAAGUUAGAACAAGUGUACAAAGACGUUCUUCAACUAUUGCAGAAGAAUGUGGUGCUGAUGAAAUAUUUUUGGAUUGUCAUCAAGUGAGAUCACUUGCUGCUGGUUCUAGCUCCUCUGUUAAAUUAAGUAGGUUUUUUGAUAAAGUUAUUGAAAGACGUUAUUAUUCUCCAAAGGAAGGAAUCAGUCCUGAUAAACGAAGACUGCCAAUAUAUAUCCCAUACAGUUCAAAAAUUUAUCACAAUGAUUAAAAACUCAGAAAAUUCACUUUUUUUAUUUUAGCAUUAAUAGAAUUUUUAUUCCUAAAUUUUAACAUUACAUUCCUAAUUUUUAUGAAAUAUAUAU